AUGUAGGUAAAUUAAAAAAUAAUAUUGAUCUUAGUUGUUAUUGCUUUUGCAUAUGCAGCAGAAAGUCAAUAUGAUAGGAAAGUAGACUUCAAGGUAGUCAACAAUGAUGAGCUGAAAAAGAUUUUUAUAAAAUACAAUGACCAAAUUCCUAACUUUCUCAGUCCUUAUGGAAUUAUUCCUUGGGGAAAGGCGAUUGAAGGAUAAUUAUAGAUUGCAAAUCCUCCAGAUGCUUGCUAAAAAUUAUAAUACGAUUAAAAUUAGAACUAAUUUUAAAGACCUUUUCUGUUAAUUUAAAUGGAUAGCUAAAAUAACUGCAGCAUCGAAGAUAAAAUAUAUAAUGCUUAAAAUCAUGGGGCUCAAUUAGUAAUAUUAAUUUCUAAAGAUAAAAAUGAUGGAUAUAGUACAUUGAAAAAUUACUAAAAACUUUAAAUGAUAAGCAUUCCUGUCGUAUAAGUAGGGAGCGACAUUGGGUAAACUUUGACAUUAUUCACAAAAGAUUCCACUCCUCAAAAAAGACCUAAAUUAGUCGCUAGUUUCCCUGUAUAAGAAUCAACAUCUAAUUUUUUAAAAAUGUACGUAGAUGUUAAUUCAUUAGAAUCCAUAAAACUUUUGAAGCUAGUCACCUUGUAUAACUAAGAUCAUAAAUUUAAAUAUUCGAUUUAAAUAAACCACUAUAUUCCUGAGAGCAUUUUAGAUGACAUAGAAGAAGAUGACACAACUGAAGAAGCAAAAUAAUAAAGAAAAGAAAUUUAAAAAGAGUAAGAGUUAUAUUGCUAUGGAGAAGGUAAAUAUUGUGAUAAAGACAAUCCUACUUCGAUUUUAGAAAUAAUUAGAUAAACAUGUCUUUAUGCUAAAUCUUAUUAGAGUUAUGUAUAAUAUAUUGAUAUUCUGGAAUCAUAGUAUUACCAUCAUAUAAGAGCUUAAGCUAGUGAUACAUACAAGCAUUUAGAUGUUUAGCCAUUUAAUUUUACAAGUUACUCUCAAUUGAUAAUGGAGAAGCUUUAAGUUAAUAUUGAUGAAAUUAACAGUUGUAUCUAAAAUUCAUUUAUUGAUGUCAAAGAUGCUUAAGGUAACUCUCUACCUAAUUACAAGCUAGACAACUACUUUUUAAAAAACCAUCGCACUUAAUUUGAUUUAAUUGAGAAACAUAGCCAAUUACCUUUUGUUGUACUUAAUAACAAAGAGAUACCUUUUAAAAGCUAGAAAUAUUAUAAUGAUGUUAUUAAGUAGUUAUGUGAAGCUGAUAACGAUACAACUUCAGAUAUUUGCAAUAACUUAUACCAAACUAAAAAAAAUAAUGGUAAAGGAUUAAACACUGGCUAAGUAAUUUUGAUAGUUAUAGGCAGUCUUUUUGGAUCUUUAGUUCUUUGUUGCAUUUUUGCAUAAGUGUAUAGCAAAUACUAAAAGAGAAGAUAUUCAGCAGAAUUAGAACGUGUUGAUUCAUUAGUUCAGGCAUAUAUAGAGCUUAACACAGAUAAAGAAAAUUAAACAAAUACAUGA